AACAAUUUUUUAUUGCAUUUUACACCAAGGAUUUGGAUUAACGCGAAAAUUUGCAAUUUGGAGAAAAAGCAUUUGUCGUGUUCACAACUUCAGCAGCCGAAGCAGAAGCUGAAUCGGAAGUCAGGUCCAAGGACGAAGUCACAGGCACUACCAACGCAGAUUUUGAAAAAACGAUAAAACCAUUCGAGUAUCGCGAGUGCUUGAGCAUCGUUGGGGCCUGAAUUAGCCCUCGGCGAACGCGUGUGAGCAGGAGUAACGGAAUAAUAAUUAUUAUAUUCAUGCAAAUAGAGUCGAGACACAAAUUCCAAAAACAAUUGCAAAAUUCCCUUUGGCAAAGAAUUUGGGGCCGAGCUGCUUUUAUGCAAGCGCAGCUAAAUUCAACGAAAUUCCAUUUUGGCAAAAUAAAUUACAAAAAUAAAUUCACCAACAACAACAACAACAACAACAAAACGUUACCAAUACGAAUUGCAACACAACAACAAGUGUUGCCACUCUCAACCACAACUAAAAGGAUACAUCGCAGGGCAUUAUCCUUAUCGCUACUGCAUUAUUCGUUUUCGCGAGCAGCUCUGGCGAACACAAAUCGCGCGCAACUCCAUUAUCUUUUGACCUGAUACUGAUACGGAUACCGAUCGAUUUCACAAAAUGGAUCCGCAACAGCAGUUUUGCCUCAAGUGGAACAGUUACUCGUCGAACCUGGCGAUCACAUUCUCCAGUCUAUUCAAAUCGGAUCUACUGGCCGAUGUCACACUAUCCUGCGAUGGCGCAGUAUUCAAAGCACACAAACUUAUUUUAGCGGCCUGCUCGAAAAAGUUUGCCGAUCUGUUCGAGAACACACCUACAAAUGGCCAGUGCGUCAUCAUACUGGAGGCUACCACGCCGGACAACAUGGCCGCGCUGCUGGAGUUUAUGUACAAAGGCGAGGUGCAUGUAUCUCAAGAGGCUCUCAAUAGUUUCCUUAAGUCAGCCGAGAGUCUACAGGUCAAGGGCCUAUCCACAGAAACCGGUCGUCUGGCCGCCCAGCAGGCUCAUCAACAGCACAUGGGCGACAUGUCGCCAGUGGACUCACCCACCGGCCAGCGCAGCAUCCGCAACAGUCUGAGCGGGGGCGGUGUCGGCAACGGCAAUGGCCUUAAUUUGGCUGCCAGUGGCAUGGCCGCUGUGGCCAAUGCAGCUGCCAGCAGCUUAAGUGCGUUGGCGGCCAGCGCGGGCGCUCUGGAUCGCUGCGGCAGUGCCGGCAGCAGUAUAAUCAGUGGCUCCGCUGGCGGUGGUCCAUUCGGCAAUGUUGCUGGAGCAGGUGGGCCAUUCGGAGGCGUCUCAGGUGCCGGAGGCAAUGGCGUUGGCCAGGGUCUGGGCGGAAACAAUGGUCCCAUUCGUUUGGGCAGCGGCGCUGGCGCCCCUCUGAACUUGGGUGGAUCGACGGGCAGUCUAAAGCAGGAGUGCGAUUCUCUGAUGCAUCCAACCAGCUCGUCCACAAUGGGCUCUAUGACAAACUAUGUGCCGCCCAUGUACCGUCCCAACGAGCCGCGCAGGGACAGACGCCCAUACGCCGAACAGGAGGUGCGUGGCAGUGUCCUGCGCGACGGCUCCAAGUCGUCGGAGUGCCCGAGCCCCAUUAGCAAACCACCGUACCAUCGACCGUCGUCGAGCGCAUCUUCGACAGCGCCCACUGAGGCAGACACAAUGCACUCGGAACGCGCCUCACCACAGUCCAGUCGGUAUGAAAACCACAGUCCCAGCACCACCGCAGGCAAUGGCAAUGCGCCCAGCAGCCUGGACCGCAUUGUAAAAUCGGAGCGGAAUAAUGGCAGCGCCAACGAGGCUAACGAUGAUGAGCACGAACAGAUGGAUGAGUCCACAGAUAAUGGAGCCGAGGACUUGCGUGUCAAGCAGGAGAACUCAAACUAUUCACCGCCACCGCCUCCACACUCAAACAGCUCGUCGGCCACAGCGAACGCACUACUGGACAACAUGAAGAACCCGGAUGGCACACUGACCAUCGCGCCCUCGGAAAUGCUCAACGUGUGGAACGCCACCAAGAUGAACAACAAGAAUAGCGUGAACACCGCGGACGGCAAGAAGCUCAAGUGUCUCUACUGUGACCGUCUCUACGGCUACGAGACUAAUCUGCGCGCCCACAUCAGGCAGCGGCAUCAGGGCAUCCGGGUGCCCUGCCCCUUCUGCGAGCGAACCUUCACACGCAACAACACCGUCCGCCGACACAUCGCGCGGGAGCACAAGCAGGAGAUCGGACUGGCGGCCGGAGCCACUAUUGCGCCGGCGCAUGUGGCCGCCGCCGCGGCGGCAGCAGCGGCCGCCAAUCACUCACCAUAG